AUGCCACAUUUUGAAAGCCCUCCUCUGGCUCCCGCAAUGGCUACUUCUGUAGUUCCGUCCAAGUCAAACUUCUCCGGAAUCCCUCCUACUGUUGACGAAGUCAACGGCAUCUUGAGGUCGAUUCUCGACACCGACAGCGCUCAGACCGCUCUUGAUGCCGCGUACGCGCUGACGAAUCUUCUGAUCCAGUCCGUCGGCAUUCGGGCUCUGCUUGCUUACAACCUCAUUCCCGAAAUUAAAAAAGCGGCGGUUGACAAGAAAAAUGCCUCUAAACGCGAAAGUGCCAUGUUCAUCCUGGGGGCCAUGUUCGAAAGGUUUCCUCGCGAACAACCCCUCAGUGAAGUUAUCUUCCUAGUGCAGGAUGGAGGACUUUUCCAUCUCGUCCUCGACGGCUUGGCCGAUAAGGUAUCUUCGGUCCGGGAAUCGGCACAAUAUGCUGUCGACGAACUGUUUAAGAGCCUCGAGCCAGAAGCCAUGGUCGCGGGCCUCCUACCCGCGUUGCAAAAAUAUCUUUCCAAGCCCACUGGCAAGUGGCAAGGCACUGUUGGAGCAUUCACGCUACUGGGAAAGAUGGCCGACAAAGCCCAGAUAGGUGCAGGCUCCAAAGAGGAGGAACUGGCCAAGGACGUCUUGCGAGAGUCUAUGGGCAGGACCCUGAAAGACCUCAUCCCGGUGGUCGAAGGGGGCAUGCAUGAUCUGAAGGCAGAAGUCGCCAGAGCGGCAACCAAGUCCAUGAGCUCCCUUACCACUCUGCUGCAAAACGAUGAUGUCGCUCCUCGGAUUCCUCUUCUCAUCGAGACCAUGAAGAACCCCUCCACGCCAACCCUCCAGAAAACCAUCCUCGCGCUUUCACAGACAACCUUCGUCGCCAUCGUCACCUCACCCGUCCUCGCCCUCCUUACUCCCUUGCUGGAGAGGUCUUUGAACUCACCAAGCACAAGCCAGGAAGUACUGAGGCAGACCGUGGUCGUGGUGGAGAAUUUGACGAAAUUGGUCCACGAUCCAGUCGAAGCCAGGACAUUCCUGCCCAAGCUCCAGCCUGGUGUUCAAAAAGUAAAGGAUAAUGCCUCACUUCCUGAAGUGCGCGAAUUGGCUACAAGAGCGGUGGAUGUCAUGAAGAAAGCCAUGGGCGACGACAAAGACGGGGUGACUGCUGGUCAGAUCGCCCGAACCACCACUGACGACGUCUUGAAGGUUUUGGAUGGACAGAUUCGAUCCCACGGCGGCAUCCAGAAGGAAGACCUGGCCGUCUGGAAGCAGGGACAGGUUUAUAUCUCCGAGAUGGUCAGAGAAGAUGUCAACAUUAGGGUCUUUUCGCGAAUUCCCGGCCGAGUGGGACCCUACCUCCGAUAUCUGUUGCCAGAUGAUCAAUGCACGACCAUCGCAGAGGGAGUCCAGAAAUUCUUCGUGGAGGAAGACCACAAGAAGUAUGGUGCCCCUGUGGUGGAGAAUCCCGACGAGGUCGAGGUCGUAAAUGCCGACUUCUCUCUGGCCUACGGUGGCAUGUUGCUGCUCUCCCAUACCAAUCUUCGGCUCUUGAAAGGUCACAGGUACGGACUUUGCGGGCGCAACGGCGCAGGUAAAUCGACAUUGAUGCGAAGCAUUGCAGAUGGCAAAUUGGAGGGAUUCCCACCGAAAGAUGUGCUAAAGACAUGUUUUGUCGAGCACAACCAAGGCGAGGAUGCCGACAUCAGCAUUCUUGAGUUUGUAUCCAAGGACCCGGAGAUUGCUAAAGAAGGUCGAGAACGCAUCUCACAAGUUCUCAGCGAGGUUGGUUUCACUGCUGGUCCUGAGGGCCGACAGUCACACAAAGUCGGAUCGUUGUCUGGAGGAUGGAAAAUGAAGUUGGCCCUGGCAAGAGCCAUGUUGAUGCGUGCCGACGUAUUACUCCUGGACGAGCCGACCAACCAUCUCGACGUUGCCAACGUCAAGUGGCUUCAAGAAUAUCUCCAGACCCAUACCGAGAUCACUUCAUUGAUCGUGUCCCACGACUCCGGAUUCCUUGAUGCGGUCUGCACAGAUAUCUAUCACUACGAACAGAAGAAGUUGGUUCAUUAUACCGGCAACCUCGCGGCAUUCGUCCAAGUCAACCCCGAGGGCAAGAGCUACUACACGCUGUCAGCAUCCCAGGUGCAAUUCAAAUUCCCAUCUCCGGGCAUCCUUAGUGGGGUGAAAUCAAACACCAGGUCGAUCCUCCGAAUGUCAAACGUCAGCUUCACCUACCCUGGCGCUUCGAAGCCUAGCUUGCAUGAUGUCUCGUGUUCAUUGAGCUUGUCUUCCCGAGUGGCUAUCAUCGGUGCCAAUGGUGCCGGGAAAUCCACACUGAUUAAGCUGUUGACUGGCGAAACAAUCCCACAGACUGGCAAGGUUGAAAAGCACCCCAACCUUCGAAUCGGUUACAUCAAACAACACGCACUUGAACACGUGGAGAUGCAUCUUGAAAAGACCCCCAACCAAUAUCUGCAAUGGAGAUAUGCCAACGGUGAUGAUCGGGAGGUGCUGAUGAAGGCCACCCGUACCCUGACCGACGAAGACAAGGCUCAAAUGGAGAAGUGGAUUGACCUUGGAGACAGCACGCCCCCCCGGCAGCUUGAAAAUCUGAUGGGUCGACAAAAGUACAAGAAGACUUUCCAGUACGAAGUGAAAUGGAAGAACAUGAUUCCUAAGUUCAACACUCAAGUUUCUCGAGAGACCCUCCUCGAAUGGGGUUUCCAGAAGCUUGUGCAAGAAUUCGACGACCAUGAAGCAUCUCGGGAAGGGUUGGGAUACCGUAUCCUCGAGCCCAAGGUGAUUUCAAAGCACUUUGAAGACGUGGGCCUGGAUCCCGAAAUUGCCAACCACAACCAAAUUGCAGGGCUGAGCGGUGGCCAAAAGGUCAAGGUCGUGUUGGCUGGCGCCAUGUGGAACAACCCACAUUUGCUGGUGCUGGACGAACCGACCAACUUUUUAGACCGAGACUCGCUUGGUGGCCUGGCCGUUGCCAUUCGGGAAUACAAGGGCGGCGUCGUCAUGAUCAGUCACAACGAAGAGUUUGUGGGAGCUUUGUGCCCGGAACAAUGGCACGUUGCUGAUGGAAGGGUCACUCACAAGGGCCACCUUGCCGUGGAUCUCAAUCGAUUCGAAGACUCACGGCCUGGAUCGAGCAACGUCAGCUCCGCCGUCUCGAGUGCCACUGCCUCGGCGGUCAAUUCGGGAGUUGAGGACAAUGGCGACAUGAACUUCCGGGCCAAGAAGAAGAAGAAGAUGACUCGAGCCCAGUUGAAGGACAGAGAAGUGCGGCGGAGAUUACGACAGUAA